GGAAAGGAGACAGACAGACAGUGGAUAUGUAAAACGAUAGAGGGGGAGAAUAAAGAGGACCCUGGGAGGCUAAGAGAUGGGAUUCGGACGGGUGGCUGUAAGCAAUAUCAGAGAGGAGCGGUUAAAACGAUAAGGAGAACAUAUAGGGUGUGGGUCUCUGUUGCAGAUAGAGAAGAAUCUAGGGACAAUGGGGGAGCGAGUCUGACGCCCACAGUGAUAUACGGCGGCAGCAGCAGCAGCAGCAGCUGUGUGACUAGACCUGCUGGAAGACUGGAUCUUCUGGUGACAUUGUGGUGCACAGCGGAUGUGGCUGCCCGCAGGAUCUGCAUCUGACGCAUCAUGUAACAAGGACAGAAGAAUUUAAACUGGUAUAUGUACCAUGAACCUUCACACUGGGCUCUUGUGGUUUUGCCUUGUGAUAAUGGGAGGUGUUGGAGUCUCUGUGAUUCCCGAGGAAGAAGAACCAUUGGUCAGAGUUGGGGCUGAGUACCUCCGGACAUAUCCUAUAUUCAUAGGGAAUGGUCCGAGCAGAAUUCCAGAAAAGGAAAGAGAACAUCUAAACAUCCAAAGGACUCUAAAGGUGAACCGGACGCUGUACAUUGGGGACAGGGAUACGCUCUAUCAAAUUCUGCUGGACUCCCACAGUUUAGAGUUGAAAUACCAAAAGAAAUUCAUCUGGAAAUCAAACCAUCAGGACAUAAAUGUGUGUCGAAUGAAAGGAAAGCAGGAGGAUGAGUGCAGAAAUUUUGUGAAAGUUCUCCUUUUGCAUCACAACACUCUAUUUGCUUGUGGAACCAAUGCAUUCAACCCAGUUUGUGCAGACUACAGUAUUGAUUUGUUUGAACAAGUUGGGGAAACACUUGGUGGGAUGGCUCGAUGUCCAUAUGAUCCAAAACAUGGAAAUGUGGCUCUAUUUGCAGAUGGAAUGCUCUUCACUGCUACAGUAACAGAUUUCCUAGCAAUUGAUGCUGUUCUUUAUCGUAGUCUUGGUCGGCGUCCAGCUCUACGAAGUGUCAAACAUGACUCAAAAUGGUUCAAAGAUCCAUAUUUUGUCAAUGCUGUGGAAUGGAAAGAUCAUGUGUAUUUCUUCUUCAGGGAGACUGCAGUAGAGUUUAACUACCUUGAGAAGGUGAUUGUCUCUCGUGUUGCACGUGUAUGUAAGAAUGACAUGGGGGGAUCUCAGCGUGUUCUGGAGAAGCAAUUCACAUCCUUCCUGAAAGCACGCCUCAACUGCUCUGUUCCUGGAGAUUCUCACUUUUAUUUCAAUGUUAUCCAGUCAUCAAGUGAAAUUCUAACCUUGGACGGAAGACAUGUUGUUCUUGCUCUCUUCUCUACGCCGACUAACAGUAUACAAGGCUCCGCUGUCUGUGUAUUUGACAUGGAACAGGUGGCCUUGAUAUUCUCUAGUCGGUUUAAGGAGCAGCGCACUCCAGAUUCUGUAUGGACACCAGUUCCAGAGGAGCUUGUACCAUUGCCACGCCCAGGUUGCUGUGUUGGUUCUUCCAUGCCCUAUAAUUCCUCUCGUAGUCUCCCCGAUGAGGUCCUGAGUUUUGUAAAGUUGCAUCCCUUGGUGGAGGAUUCUGUCCCUUCUCUUGGAGGUUCUCCCUGGAUAACAAGGACACUGAAACGGGAUCAGAUGACACACCUUGCUGUAGAUACAUCUUGUGGCAUAUUUGGGAAUGAAACAGUUCUGUUCCUUGGCUCAAACUCUGGAAUUGUCCUAAAGUAUCUUCUGAAUCCCAAGGUUUAUACAUCUAACACAGAGAAUGCUAAGAGCAGCAUCUUGCUUGAGGAGCUCCAGACUUACCCUGCAGAUAGGUGUGGUGAAAAAGAAGAACAGAGAAUUAUUGGCUUAGAAGUGGACAAGGGGUCAGGGUCUCUUUUAGUGGUGUACACCAGAUGUGUGGUAAAGGUGCCCCUUGCACGCUGCCAGAGACAUGAUGGCUGCAUAAAAAGUUGUCUGGGCACUCGUGACCCGUACUGUGCAUGGGAUCCAGUGAAGAGUCUCUGCGUCUUUACUCCUUUCAGAACCUGGGUUCGUUAUGAGCAGGACCUUGGUGGAGAACAAAUAUCUCAACUUGGAGAUUGUGAAGGUUUGGUCACUCAGAGUUUCAUGGAGCAUGAAGGUGUUGAAGUGUCUGUCAACAUGCUGGUGGUUUCCACUGUGGCAUCCUUUGUUGUGGGUGCAGUAUUGUCUGGGCUAGGUGUAUGUUUGCUGAGCUCACAGCAAAGAAGAAAGACACAGUGUAAACACAAAGAAAAAGACAAUGGCCUCAUUCCAGAGGAUUCUGUUACCAGUGUGAGCAGAAGUAGAGCGUUAGACCAUCCAGAUCAUAAUCCUCUCCUCACAUCUUUAAAACAACAUGGUUGGAGCCCUGGCCACAGUAAGGAGCACACUGGUAUUCCGCUGACUCCAGAACAGACUCCUCAACAGCAGAAGAGGAUGUUUUUUUCCCAAGACUACAUCAAUCACUCGAUGCGAGAUUCAUCCACUAGUUUAUUGCACACAGACAACCACCAAUUUGCAGCUUCCAGUUUACCCACAGAUGGACAAUAUGACUCACAAGAGCCACAUUGCUUCUACCCCCAUGGAGAGGAUUCCCACUAUACACCAUUGCACAGGGAAGAUUCCCACUACUUACCUUUAAAAGAAGAUGAGUCUCGAUAUUUAGCCCAGCAUGCAGAAAAUUUACGUUAUUUACAUCAUCAUAGUAAGAACUCUUGCUACGGUCCACAUCAUGGGAAGGAAUCUUGUUUUUUGCCCAUACAUGUGGAUGAGAAUCAAUAUUUACCUCAACACAGGAGCAAUCCCAACUUUCUGUCCAAACACAUACAAGAGUAUGUAACCCAGUAUGGAGAGAAAAUUAACCAUCAUCCUUCACAUGGACAUAACCCCCAUUAUUUACAUUACCAUUGGUCUUCUAGAGAGCAUAGACGAGUGGUUUCUUCACCCACAUGUGAAAGUUUUUUUCAACAAUCUUCCCAUGGUACUCCUCCACAGCUGUCCCACCUGAAAAGAAAUCUGACUUUUAAUAGUGGGGAGAACUGGCUGAGGCCAUCUGAUAAAAUGUACAUGCACCCAGCAAACCCUCAGAGUUUGCCUCCUGGAUCAGACUUUAAGCUAAUGUUGCAGUUUGGAAUGCCACAUACAUCCAAUGCCCAAUAAUAUGUACCUAAAUACCAAGAACAUCAUUUGCAGUAUUCCAAAUUUGGAUUGAGUCUGCAUAAAGAGCCAUGACAACUUUUACAUUUUAAAUUUUUAUUAGCGGAAGUAAAAUGUAUGGCCACACUCCAAAGAUAGAAAACCUUUCUAAGCACUGGACUUACAAACAAAGUAAAAGCAGUCACCAGUACAGUAUUUCACGUUUUUACUUAUCUUUACUAGAAAAGUUGCAAAAUGGCUGGUGAACCUGAGCCAAGUGUCUGAUCAAUAUACAGUGGUCUCCAGUACCUAUUCUUUAAAAACUCAGAAAUAUAGCAUCAGUUUGCUGAGAAAAAAAUAUUGAGUCUGGUCUUAUAUGACAUUAAUAGAUUCCAGCAUUUAUUUUUCCUUGCAAGAGCUCUGAAUAUAUUUAGGGCUUGUCCUUAAUGAAUGGGGAAUAUCUGUUCCCUUAUCAGCCAAGCACAGUAUGUACAGAUCCAUCUUUUAUUAAUAUUUGUUUUUUUUUAAGAAUAUUGUGAAAGAGUAACAAUUCUGCAUGAAUGUGUGUGAACUAGGAAUGAGGGCAGAGCGUGUGUGUAGGUAAAGACAGCGUAAUUAAUGGGUAAUACCUUAAACAAUUAUUUUAUUGUAUAUUGCCUGUUCUAUAGGUGAACAAUCUGCUUAAAUCACAGGCUCAAUGGGCUGUUUAGAAAAAAGUUGGAUGUAAUUUACUUAUGCAGCAGCAAUGUAUUUACUAAGCUCUGAAAAAUAUUUAAAAUUUACAAUUUAACAUCACUUCGAUUAUAUAUGCUGCACUGAUUCACACACCAAUUCAAAAUAAACUUACCGUACUUCAUAUUCAAAACUAUCAAAUCCAUGCCCUCAUUGAAGCAACUUUAUCUGUGGCUAAGAAGAUAUUUUGUUGUAUUUUCAGUAGUUUAUAGAAAUUCAUUUGUAAACAUAGCUCUAUUAUACUGAUUUCAUUACUUAAAUCAGCUUUGUAAGAUCCUUCCUUAGACCUUAUAUAUAGAUGUUUUGUUAUUCAAUUUGUAUUCAUUUCAGCAUUUUAGAGCAGUAGCACUAUUUCUUAAACUAGAUAAGAAAAAGAAGAUUUUUGGUAAAUUACCCUUGAAUCAUUUUCUCUUACGGAUGGGGACCAAGGAGCAGACACUUAAACUAAUGGUCAGCUGCCUGACCUGAGAACUGUAUGCCCAAACUGGGUGUCACCGGAGGCAAAACCAGGAAAAUGGUAAAAAAUGCAUGGACUGGUUGAAACUCGGUCUUAAAAAGCCAAUCCAAUAAAGCCCACCGAAGAAGGACCUUGUGCAGAAACAGGACAUGUAGCUGCAGGUCUGGAUGUAGUGGAAGACUCCACCCGGGACCUACUGACUUUUGUGAGAAUGUCGGCGUACCGCGACCUGUGUGGCCAGUCUGAGCCACUAAGAUUACGGUCACCCAUUAAUCUCUGAUCCACUUGAGUACACAAGGCAACUUUGGGAUCGGGGUAAAUGGAUAAGGCAGAUAUAAAUACCACAGAACAGUCAUGGCAUCCACUGCAAAAGCCACCAAGUCCACGGAUCUUGCACAAAACUGUGAAACCUUAAAGUUGUGUUGAGAGGCCAUGAGCUACACCUACAGAAGGCCCCACUUCUGAAACCAACUGUUAGAAGACCUCUGGAUGGAAACCGAACUCCCUUGGAGAAUGUUGUUCUGCUAAGGAAGUCCGCUUUCCAAUUUUGCACUCCUGGUAUUAAUCCUGCUGAGAGUGCUGGGACAAAUGCUUCAGCCCAAAAAGAAUUUGGGCCAUCUCCGCCAUUGCUCCCAUGCUCCUUGUACCUCCUUGAUGAUUUACAUGUCACUGCCAUGUGAGUGUGUUUAUUAAAGUUAUGCUGUCAA